CUUCCUGUAACAAUAUUGUGGCUAUGGAGUGUUUGUCUCCACACGGACGUUUUAGAGUGAAACACUUGGGAAGAAUAGCUGGCUGAAGUGUUCGUUAUGCCAUGCGUGUGAAGCUGUGAUGGCUUUAGAGGGACUAUAUUAUGAAAAUCUCACCUUUUCAGUGCUUGUGCGUAUAUAUUGGGGUCUCUGAUGUGUCUACUAACGCACGAACUGUGGAAUAAGACCACCCAGCCGGUUUGUUGUGAGCUGACUUGGUGUGAACUCGCGUGAUUCAACAAGCCAUUCAGAUUUGAUGCCCCCUCCUACGUCAAUUGGAGCGUCAUUUUAAUGGUAACCUACCUGCAUUUGUUAUUUUCGAAGUGACCGGACUGUUAGCAAACACAGCAUGUCUAAGCUAAGAGCUAAACACGCAAAAUGCGCUGUUGUGGACUGUAAGGACCAGCACAAAUCACUCCAUCAGCCCCCAGCAGCAGAGGACAGAAGAGCUGAGUGGUUUGACUUUAUUUUCAAUGGUGAUGUCCCGGCUAAAGUUAGCAAACACCUUUACGUUUGUGCUAACCACUUUGCAUCAGACUGUUUUACCAACCUCGGUCCAUAUCGAGCAGGACUUGCUGCCAAACUUUUUUUAAAAGAGGGAUCAACACCAACAGUCCGUGAUCACACUACAAAAGAGGGAGAUGGCAACAAAGGCAGCAUUUGUCAAAUCUUUCCUGCUGUGAGACACGUGGGCUCCCAGACUGACCCCCCAGAGAGAAAAUCAGUCAGCACGCAGCUAUCAAUGAAAACUCUGCAGAAUCACUUCCGAAGUACAGCUACCCAGGUGAAAGCGCCAAGCAGAGACUGUGGUGUCUGCACCCUGACCUUCCCGUUGGACAGUCCGUUACUGUUCCUACAACCAACAAUAGUAGAGAGACCAUCCAAGAGAGCUCGACUCAGCAUUAAAGAUGAGGAGGAAAGCCCUGCAGAAUGCAGUUUAUCUGUGGUGGUUCAGGAACCAGAAGAUACAACAUGACCCUGCGGACCCUGUCACUGUCAUGGGUUGUACUGUAACACUGUCACAGCAGCUGUAUCUUUUUUUUUGUUGUUGUUGUUACCUUUUCGAAAACUUCUUUACUGAGAGAAGUUGGUGAAUGGACCAAUUAAGAAUCCUAAAAAAUAGGAUUGUGGUGUAAAACAAGCGUCAUGGAACGAUGUUACCAGUCACAGUGCACCGAGGCACCAAAUUGUUUACAGAGUGAAAUGGGCUUAUCGGUAACCUCUGUCUAACUGAACUAUUGCUAAGUUUUAAUGGUUUCCAUUUACUCCCUCUGAUACACAUGGCAGUACACAUGUUCUUAAUAUCCUUCAAAAACCAGAACCCAGAAAGUACUGCAAACGGUCUCUGUCUAGACAGCUACCCUCUAAAGUGUCCUUGAGCAAAGCACCAAACCCUCAGCUGCUCUUCUAAACUGUUCAAUAACAGAAGACUGUCUGUGAACAUCUUCAGGCAACUAAAUAAUCUGUUGGGUCAUUGCUUUAGAAAGGGAAUGUGCUUGUGGUCUGCCUGGCUGAAGGUUCAAAUGUUGUUGUUUUUGUUCUCAGUUCCUCUUCUACAAGUUACACCACAAUGUAUUUCUGUGUAUAAUGUAAUUUCACUUUUAUCAACACAAGAGAGAGGAGGAGAAGAUAUUUGAAACACUAUCAAAAAUCCACAAAAAUGUAACCAAACUAUGUAGAGUUUUUUGUACAGUUUCUAGCCAUUACUGCUAAACAAGCGUUGCUAAUUUUACAAUUAACCAGUGGAACAGGUGAAAACACCAGUGGAUUGUUUUUGGCAUCGAGCUAGUUUAUAUACAGUAUUUCAUGUCAAAAAUGAAGAAAUAAUAACUAAUAGUGAAACAUUUCCACACAGAUUUCUAUGUGGCUUUUGUGUGAAGGUGUCAGAUGUCAGAUUGUUGACCGUAGAGAAGGCCUGAAUGAAAACUGUAAUUUCAUAGUUGACUGUUAAAAUGUCAGCAGCCUUUUUAAGACUGGAUCCUGCUAUGUGGGUUGUGUUAUUCAACUAGCAAUGUACAGAGGUGAUUUUCUUCUUUUUUCUUUUUUUUUUUUUUUUAGGGAAAGUUUAAAAACACAUAUACAGAUUCAGUAGA